CCAGCCUUGCGCAAACUCGCCCGCUUCACCAUCUUUCCAUCUUCACUCGUGCGUGGCCGCCUUCUUCACUGAAACGAUGCACGAGUGAAGCCACCCUCUUCAUCGGCCUGCUCUCUAUUCUCCGGAUUUCACUGUUUCCCCGCCCCCAGACCGGCUUGUGCCCUUGCGACGAUUAUGUCCGUCGCAAGAACCGAUCCUCCAGAGGAGUCAAGAUUAUACCUCUGAAGUAGAUAGAUCACUCAUCCAUUACACCUCAAGAUGCCGUCUUCGAGGCCUUGCGCCGCUUUCGAGCCGAUCGCGCCAGACUUCGACCUGAAUACGCUCGUUGAAUCCACACCGAACUUCGAAUGGGUUGUGCGGAUUCACUGUGACAUGAUAGAUCAUCAGGGUCUGGAAAACUUUGAAAAGCUGGUCUUGAUACAUGUCAUACUCGGCGGGAAGCCUCUUGUCAUCGAGGGCUACGAAGGACGACUGGAUAGAUGGACGUUUGCGUUACAGUGGCUACGCGAUAAUUGCGGAUCUAAAGUCGAACAUGCCAGAGAUCUGACGAAGAAGGCCAACGUACCCCUCACCGUCGGUCACUAUCUCAACAAUAUGGCACUGCUCACGAAUCAAUGGACUCCUCGGAACUACAAGGAUCCAGAGCGACAGCGAAUGUAUCUCAAAGACAUUGAUUGUCCGCAGCUAUGGCAUGACAAGUUGGCCCAUGUCAUACCUCCCGGCCUAUUCUACCUGAACGAGAGUACAGGUGACGUUGGAGGCUUUGGUGCUCUGGAUGAAAAUGAUCCCACCAGGCCUGGUAUGCGGAAAGGCAGAGGAAUUGCCAAAGCUGGGGAUCUCAUGAGCAGUCUGCCAAAAGACAUGCGCGCCGAAAACAUGAUGUGUUACAUUGGUCACGAAGGGACGUACACGCCUGCCCACAGAGAGAUGUGUGCCAGUCUUGGUCAAAAUAUCAUGGUAGAAGCUUCGACUGGCUUGGUCGAGGACGGUAAACCAACGAAACCCGGGACUUCCAUUUGGUUCAUGACCGAGAGCAAAGAGAGGGCGGUUGUCUCCGAAUAUUGGCUGUCUAGGCUGGGACACGACAUCGAGAUCGAGAAUCACUUCGCUCAGAUUAACGCAUGGAAGAACGCGCCGUUCAAGACUCACGUGGUCGAACAGAAGCCUGGUGAUUUCAUUUUGAUCCCACCUUUGGCACCACAUCAAGUCUGGAACCGAGGCACACGAACAAUGAAGGUUGCCUGGAACAGGACGACGGUCGAGACUCUUGAGAUGGCCAUGCAUGAAGCCCUUCCCCGAGCAAGAAUGGUUUGUCGCGAUGAACAGUACAAAAACAAGGCAAUAGUCUACUACACCAUGCAAAAAUACUCGAAAUUGCUCAAGCUGGCGGAAAAGUUCAAGCAGAAGGCUGUAGGGUCCAAGCACAAAUCAGUCAACGACACCAAAGUUCGACAACUUGAAAAGGACUUCCGCAGACUACACCAUCUUUAUACCGAAAUAUUGGUCUCAGAAAGCUUUCUGCCUGACAAGCCAGAAAAGAAAAUUGAGAGCCUGGCAUAUGACAGCAACAUUACCUGUUCUUACUGUCGGUGCAAUAUCUUCAAUAGAUUCCUGACCUGUCCAAGCUGUGUGGGCGAGUUACCGAAUGGCGACGAGGAUACAUACGACAUUUGCAUGGAAUGCUAUGCUAUGGGCCGAAGCUGCGCAUGUAUCUCUAAGUUAAAAUGGGUUGAACAAUGGUCAUGGGGUGAUCUGGUCCAAAAGCACGAAUACUGGCGGCAUCAAAUCCUGCAGUACGAAGGCAAGGUUACUGAGCGAUCUCCAGUUUUACUCAAGACCGAACUAGAUCGACUUGGAAAGAAGCGAACAUUGGCACAAAUCUGUCAACUGGAGCUAGCAAGAAGGCCGUUUCGAGAUAUUCGACGUCCCCCACCCCCAGUUACCGGUGAUGAGCGUGUCGAGGAGGAAGAAGUUGACGAGAACGGGAUUGUGAAAAAGAAAAAGAAGAUUGUGCGGCCGAAACAGUUCCUCAAUAAUCAUGCUCGAUGUCAUGUCGACAUGCACUGGGAACCAAAGUGGAAACAAGCAUCGUGUUCAACGUGCGACUACAGUUACUGCUAUGGUGUCUUGUUCCGAGCAUACGACAUGCAGCCGCAGGACAUCUUGUCGGAUCCAGACUGGCAAUGUCCAAGCUGUCGCAACAUUUGUGGUUGUCGAACUUGCCGAAAGAAGCCUGAGUACCGACCAUACAUUCCCUCUGGUACUGUGCUCAGUCAUGACACAAAAAUCGUGGCUGAUCCGAGAUCGGUUGAGAGCCUCGUGGACUUUGGCUAUUCCAAUAUUGGUUGGAUACAAAAAGCUGGUGACGACAAUGGAGAUAACACCCGCCGGUUGAAGCAACGUCGAAAGGAAGCCGACGCUGCUCUAGCCAAUGAAGUUGACAUUCUACCGGGUGAAGACUACGCCGAUGACAACGAUGGAGUUGUGGACGGUAUCCUUCGGCUGGCGGAACAAGAGGGCAUUCCCAUCGAUCCAGCCUUGGGUUCGGGGGGUGCGGUCCUUUUCGACCAUCAACCAGAAGAUGAAGAGGUAUUUGACGAACAUCCUGAAGGAGCAAGACGAAUUGAUGAGUCAUCACCAGACAACACUCCAUGGGUACCAGAAGGUGGCGUCAUUCGUGAUGUCGAGCAUGCCUAUGAUCCGACCGAGGCUAUCACAUACGACUAUCCUGAUCCUGAGAUUGGUCGACACCUGGCUGUCCCGAGCGAAGAAGAGCCUAAAGCAGCGCCGCCCGAUCAUGCACCGCCUGUAGUAGAAGAAGUAGCAGAAAUCGAAAUGGUCGAGAGGAAACGAAAGCGGAAACUGGACGACGGCGACCGGCCGUAUAAUUCCAAGAGAGCCGAUCCGGGGAAGAGCAAGAAGCAACGGAAAUCUCUGAUUGUCAAGCUACCUGUCGCUAAGGAGAGGCUCACCGAAGUGGAUCAGAUGGCAAACAUGGCUCGACAAGCGCUGAAUGGGGUUCGCGAGGCGCCAGCCCCGGUGAUCAGCUCUGAUCUACAAGCGCUCAAUGCCGCCGAGGGAAAUCCGCAGCAAGUGCCCAAGAGAAUCCGGAAUGUCGAACAUGUUGUGGUUGACCGUGAUGAUGAGUUCACACCUGGACGAUAUCGAGAUCGGAGGAAGCUUACGGCCAAUGGGACACCGCGACCUCCACCUGAUGCAGAGAUCACAAGAAGAACGACUCGUAUGCAGAAUCCUCGUUACGAGGAGCCAGACGAAGAGGAAUUCAAUGAUGUUCUUCCUAAGCCUUCAGAACGUCGCAGCACCUCAGCAACCCACGUUGUCCGACUCGAUGAAGACUUUGACUCAGACACUGGUUCAGAGCAGAGCGAGCAAGGUGAGGGUGGUAGCGACGGUUCAGCAUCGAGUCUGCCGGUAGGAAUCGCACCGGAUCCGACACUGCAGACAGAAGCGACACGGGCGCAGCCAAUUGUCUCGCAUAAGGCCACUGCCGUUAGUGACAAUCCCGUCAGUCGAACCCACUCCGUUACAUCUUCUGUUGAGCCUCCGCCAACGAAGCCAGCCGGGAAGAGACCAGUACUCACGACUUCGAAAACGUCAAAGACGCUUGAGGAAGCCCAAGCGAAUAGACGGGCCAAGAUGGCUGCUAUCGAGUGGAUGGAGAACGACCUCGAUGAUUUUGACGAUUCUUGGUCGCAGGGUUCUUUUCUGGAUGAAGCCGCUCCUGCGCCCAAGCAGUCACUUCAAUCUGCAAAGCCUAUGGUAGAGCCAGUGGUGCAAAACGGCCAGAAAAAGGCGGUUCCAAUUCCACGACCUGCGGAGCCUGUUGCUGCUAAGGUCUCGGCAGCAGCUUGGGUCGAUAGUGACUCUGACGACGAGCCAGCGAUUAGAAAACCAGCACCUGGAUGGGCGAGUGUUAACGCCAAUACAGGGACUCCUGGACCCGUACCGAAAGCUGAUACUCCCAAACGGCGUGGAAGGCCUCCGAAGAAUUCUGUCUGAAUGUUGAACCCGGACUGGGUGGAUGUUGAGUUACCAGGCUCGUGGUCAGAAUCAUGAACACUGAGCCAUGUAUGUUUAGCAUAGCGCAAUCGUUACGCAGUGCUUAUUGAUCGUGUUUGCUCGGACAUGUAGAGACAAGUCAUAAUUACACUGCUCUUACCC